GUGUGGUAUCUAAACAAAAUCAUAUCACAAUUUGUGAAAUUGACAGUAUGAAGAAGGAAAAAUAAAUUUAGUUAUCUGUUUCUUACAACAAAGCACGCACAAUCAUAACGUUUUACUCGAAUCUAACCUUGAACUAAAUUUAGGUGAACAUUUAAAAACAUGUCAGGAUAUUAACUUCGCAUUUUUUAUUCAGUCCUUGACAACUUUAGUAAAGAAAAACCAAAUACAACUAUUAAAUUCGUCAGAAAAACUUCCAAAAAAGAUGUCAUUGAAUGUCUAUUUAAUGCUAACAGUUUUUUCCAAUACGUAAAAUGUAGAUAUAUUAGAAAGAAGAUAAGAACUCUUUUGCAGUCUGUUAGAAUCAUAUAUGAUUGCUGACUGUUUAACCUAACUUAAAUCAUGAUAUAUAAAUUAGAGAUUCGAUUUAGCAUUAACGGAUUUUGCACACAGUAAAUUGCACUACUCCCAAUUUAAAGCACAGCACAACUAUUGAUCAACAUUGAAUUGUUUUUCUGCUUGUGUUGGUACGUGUUUAAUUUGCCCAAAGACACCUGCCGAUCAACUUACAAAAUAUUAAUCAAAAAAUUAAACCAGGAAGGAAAAAUACAUUCAAACUUUUCAGACUUCGCGAAGAAAAUUAAGCUUCUGUAUUUUAAAGUACUAACCAAGGAAUAUAAAAUUUUAGAUUAACUCAGGAUUGUCUAUUCAUUAAUUUUGAAAGAAAAAUACAGGAGACAUUACUAUUAAAGAGUUUCAGAUUUACAUAAACAGAUAUGCCGAUGCUAUUUUAAAAGAAGAAAUUUGAAUGGAGGACGACAGACAGGCAAUAACUGAGGCAAUUGCACGGUCUAUCAAGAAGGACAGGAAAGUGACAUUCCGACUUUUUACCAGACUUGAGCAAGAAAGAGGGAAAUUUCAGUUUAUCCUAGAAUGCUGGACUCCAAGAAGACUUAAAAUAGGCGGAAAAUCAGGAUUUGAGAUGGAUGGAUGCGAGGUCGUGGACUUACCUGCAAAAUUGUACACUGUUGAUGAGAACCAGACUUUCAGGAUACAAUUCGAAGGCAACUGCAGAAAGGUCUCUAAAGAAAUGUUUACGAAAGUAAAAAACGAAAGCGACAACGAGGAAUAUGAGGAUGAAGAGGAAAAUGAAGAGGAAGACGCUGAAGAUAACGACUUUGUUAUUUUAGAUUUUGUAGGUAGAAAAGGUUAUUCAUUUACCAUUGUGGACAUGAUUGUUCUUGAUACGGAGAAACCUAGUGGAAAGAUGAUCAUUGAAAAGGAAAUUCGAACUAUAGAAAUGAUUGAGCAGAUAGUCAGCGAGCCAAGUGGUAUCUGCAAAGGAAAGGAUAAGGUGGUCCCCGUUGAAAACAUAACUUUCCAUUACGAAUACCUUACAGAGGUUGAGUUUGAAAUUAAACUUCCACCACCAGCUAAGCCAGUGAGAGAGCCUACAGACAUUCAAAGUCAAUCUGUGAUGGAAGAGAAGAAAUUGGAAGAACUCGUGGAAAAAACGGACGCAGAAUAUCCUAGCUUUGUCCCGGGCAUGGACAUGAAAAACCUUAAGUCUAUUGGUGUCCAAAUGAACACAGAAGAAAUUUAGGCCUCAACAACGACGACAUUGAAGACAUUUUGAAAUUACCUUUUAGGGCUGUUUUUGGGAGUUGAUUUUAAUCAACUCUCCUAUGCAGUUACUUAGACAAACCGAAAGUGAAACAGUGUUUGGACCUCAGCACAAAUCAUCGCUGCUGACAAGACUUAGUUCUUGAAAAUAAUUGAUAAAUUCGAUGUAAUGUAUGCUAAAGCAUUGUUUUUCAAGGAAACUUAUUUAUUAAUACCUUGAAAAAAGUCAGAUUUUAAAUGGUACGAACAAUUUAGAUAUUUUUAUAGUCGUAUGUAUUCCUACGCCAUGCAGAGUUCAAUAGUGUCUCGUUCAACUCGACGCUCGGUUGUCUCCGUAAAUAUCCGACAAGCAGAGAGUCUCUCUUGCUUGUCGGAGAUUUACGGUGUCAGCCGAGCGUUUGGUUGAACGAGACUAGAGUUCAAUAUUUCUUGGAUCCAUACAAUUUUCGAGAAAUAUUUCUAUUACUGAAACAUAGUUUGAUUGAAUUAAUUUUAUCUUUAAAUAUUAUUUAACAUGAUUCAUAUGGGGGUUUCUCGACAUUCUGGUCAAAAAAGUCCAAACAUUCAUAUCAUGAAAAUGUGCGGGAUUCAAAUACAAAUUAGAAACUACAUGUACUUGUCAUGCAAAAUAACAUAUCAUUGAUUUUAAAAUAAAUAAACAUCGACAAAAUCAACUCCCGUCAGUUCUUUAGUACUUUGAUUAUGAUACGAAAAUACCGAGGAAGACGGCCCUAUUAUUCUCAAAGAGUGGGCAUAAAAAGAGCUCUGGAGGCGAUUGAUCGCCACGAUCUUGUUCCGCUUAUCAUGCCUGAAGAGACAGAGAGAGGUACGAAUGCUGUUGUGGGAAAGUUUGACAAUGGGAGAAGUGAUAUGAAUGGAAAGACCGAUAAAGUUGACGUUUUUGAAAUGAAUCAUUCAAUUAUUAUGCAUGAGGAACUACCUAGAGAGACCGAUACAAACACCGUUGCAAAAAAUAUGGACAAUGAAAAAAAUGAUACCAAUGGAAUGAUGAAUGACAAUGUUGUCAUAGAAAAAACACACACAAAAAACGAGGAUAUAUUUGCAUAUGGUAUCACGUUCAAAUGCUUUGAUAUAAAAUUUAAAUAGUAUGCAAUGAUGAAUGUGAAAAGAUAUUUGCUCUAAACGUAUUAUAUUACACGUAGUCGUGUAUGAAAUUUGGCGUAAAUUAGUUUUGAUCAAGUUGGUGUUGAUUUGAAUUAGCGUUUUCCUAAAUGUGACUAUUCCUAUUCAUAUUUGCAUGGCAUGAAGCGAUGCUCUUGAUUUAGCGGAAGCUGCAUUCCACCAAAAAGCGAUAAAUAGAAUACACAGUCAAAUGUAGUACAUUUACAGUACUUUACUGACUGUACCCAAGUUAUCAUAAAUUCCUUAAGUGAUUUCCAAUUGUUUUUGCUUUAAAAAUGCUAUCUUUGCAAUUAUUCCUAUUGCUAUUCUUUAAUCACAUAUGAUCAUAUUUACAUUCGUUGUCCUUUUCCUUAUCAAAUUGCAUGUACAUAUUUGUUAACAACUAAAUGAAAUCAAUUUAUUCAUUUAUUAUUAUACCAA